UUUGAAGUUGAAAAAAUUUUGAAUCAUAGAAAAUUUAAAAAAAGAAUGAAAUUUUUAGUUAAAUGGAGAGAUUAUGAUGAUUCUUAUAAUGAAUGGAUAUGGCAGGAAAACUUUAAUGAUACAACCAUCAUUGAUAAUUACCUUAAAAGUUUAACCAAUUAG